AUGUCGGCACCUCAGGUCAACGGUGAUGUACCACGGUCUUCAUUCCUGAAGCACCUGUACAACUACCACAUUGUCCAUGAUGGCAUCGAGACGUUCAAGUCGAACCCCUACGGCGCAAAGUCCAUCCAGCUCGGCGACUCGGCCUACCAGACCUUUGCCGCUCCCAUUGUACCCUACUUCAACGGCCCCUACCAAUAUGUCCAGCCUUAUGUCAAGAAGGCAGACGACCUCGGCGACAAGGCAUUGACCAAGGUCGAUGAGCGUUUCCCUGUCGUCAAGAAGCCCACCAACGAGCUGUACACCGAUGCCAAGGGCAUUGUACUGUUCCCCUACCACAAGGGCCUCGAGGGCCGCGACCACGUCUGGAGCACCUACUCCAGCGAGUACAAGAAAGCCAACGGCGGCAAUGAGUCCGGCUUCGCUUUGAUUUCUACCGGCAAGGCUGCAAUCGCCACUGCCCUCGUCAUCACCGGCGAGACUGUCAGAUUCAUUGGUGACUUCCUCCACACGAAGAAGGAGGAGGCCCACAAUGCUGUGGACAACAAGGUCAGCAACAAUUAG